CUGAUUAUAUAGCGUAGCGUGAUUUCUCAUUGCCUUUAUAAUAUAAAUGAAUGUAAAAUGUACACAUUUUCUGUCAAAGAUGACACAGAAGAAAGCUUUCUUAUUAACGCCGUGCAGUCAGGGAUGGUGAACAAACUGGGCCCGUUAAUCCGAGAUGAAGCUAAACCGAUAUUAUUCCUUCUACUACAGACAGCGGUCGCUGCACGGACAGUGUUGACAUGGCUAACUUUACCGCCAAUGUUUAUGUAGUAAAUUUGAUAUAAUUGUUGGUUUUGCACUUCGUGUUUUACAUUUUGGUGCAAUUUUGCUUCAACUAUUCACAAACUUCCCUUUUUUUAACCAGACAAAAUGCAAAUAUUACGAACGGAAAGCAUAGUAAUAUUCGUUAACUAGGCCUUGCGGCGCCUCGGUUUUUCCUAAGGAUACUACGCGGCAUGACUCUCCUGGGCCUCGUCCACCAGCGACACUCCACACUCGGUGCUAAGUAGUGGCAUGUUCCGGGUGCUGAGUUUAUCUAAAGUGGUGAAAGAAGCCCAGCUCUGGGAUUUGUCUUCAUUUGUAUAACACGUUGCAGUGUAUCUGACUCGUACGGGAAUAUAGACUGACUGAGCAAGGUGGGAUAUUGAACUGGAACUGGGUACACUGACGUGCCACCCCUGAAAACAUCGGGUUUAAGGCCUCUGGUGCUGAACUAGGCUGUCCACAUCUUCAGCAUGGCGUCCGUUCCAGUGUACUGCUUGUGCCGACUUCCUUACGAUGUCACACGCUUCAUGAUCGAGUGUGAUGUUUGUCAGGACUGGUUUCAUGGAAGCUGUGUUGGAGUGGAGGAAGAUAAAGCAGCAGACAUUGACCUGUACCAUUGCCCUAACUGUCAAGUGACGCAUGGACCCUCUGUCAUGCGUAAGCGGCGUGGGGGUUCUAAGCAGGCUGAUAGUUCAGGAGGCAAGAGAGAUUCGGGGCGACCUGUGAAGACUGGGAGUGCUCAGUUUGUUCGCGAGUUACGCAGCCGCACGUUUCCCAGUGCUGAUGAAGUCCUGCUGAAGCCGACAGGAGCCCAGCUCACAGUGGACUUUCUGGAGGAGCGUUCCUUCAGUGUUCCAGUCCUGGUCUUGAGGAGGGAUGGGUUAGGCAUGAGUCUGCCUCCUGCGUCUUUUUCUGUGUCCGAUAUUGAGCACUAUAUUGGAAGCGAUAAAGAAAUCGAUGUGAUUGACGUGAUGCGUCAGGCGGACAUGAAGAUGAAACUUGGGGAUUUUGUAGAGUACUAUAAUAGCCCCAACCGAGACAGAGUGCUCAAUGUGAUAAGCCUGGAGUUUUCAGACACCAGGUUGUCUAACCUCGUGGAGACCCCAAAGAUUGUGAGGAAACUAUCCUGGGUGGAAAACCUCUGGCCGGAAGAGUCUGUGUUUGAAAGGCCAAAUGUGCAGAAGUACUGCCUGAUGGGGGUGAAGGAUAGCUACACUGACUUCCACAUUGAUUUUGGAGGAACUUCUGUGUGGUACCAUGUGCUCCGGGGCGAGAAGAUUUUCUACCUGAUCCGUCCGACGCCUGCUAACCUGGCGCUGUUUGAGCGCUGGAGCUCCUCCUCCAAUCAGAACGAGCUCUUCUUUGGGGAUCAAGUGGACAUGUGCUACAAGUGCUCACUCAAGCAAGGAAACACUCUGUUUAUUCCGACUGGAUGGAUCCAUGCAGUUCUUACUCCUGUUGACUGCCUGGCAUUUGGUGGAAAUUUUCUUCACAGCCUCAACAUCGACAUGCAGCUUCGAGCAUAUGAAAUUGAGAAGAGACUCAGCACAGCAGAAUUGUUUAAGUUUCCUAACUUUGAGACCGUAUGCUGGUAUGUUGGCAAGCACCUCCUUGACACUUUCAGAGGUCUGAGGGAAAAUCGGCGGCACCCUGCCUCUUAUCUGGUCAAUGGAGCCAAGGCUCUCAAUAAUGCCUUCCGAAGCUGGACUCGCAAAGAGUCCUUGUCUGAGCAUGAGGAUGAGAUCCCAGAAACCAUUAAGACCCAACAGCUGGUGAAGGACCUGGCUAAAGAGAUACGACUUGUAGAAGACAUCUUCCAGCAGAAUAUAAACAGAAGUGGGGCUCCCUUCGGUACCUCACAGACUCUUCCUUCUGCUCACCCCAAACCUCCAUUAACCACUCCUCACAACCCUGGCAGACCUCCGGGUAAAAAAAGAGGCCCUAAACCCAAGGAAGGCCCUGGUGCUGGGGGCGUAGGCCCUCCAGGGGUCAAGAAAAAAGGCCAGAAAGGGAAGGAAAUAAAGAUGGAGGCAGGGGAGCUGGAUCUGCUUGAGAUUCAUACUAAACACACCCUGAAGAAAUUUCAACCAGGAAAUAAAGCCAAAAACAAGAGCAAGAUGGACCUGCCUGGUGCCUGUGUAGAGGACUUUGAAGGGAAAAUAAAUAAGAGCAAGCUCAAGCUUGUUCUUACCAAUGGCAAGAUACAAGGGAAGAAGGGGGGCCGAUCUGGUAACACUAAUGGAGCAGGACGCACUGCUCAAUUCCAGCCUCUAACAAGCAGCUCAGCUCUUUCAUCAGACUUUGAUUCUGAAGAUGAGCUUCAAAUAGAUGAAAGUCCUCCUCCUCGCCGCAAGCCAGUCGUACCCAGCAAAAAGAAACUAGCUGUAGGUCUUCCCAGGAAACUACCACGAGCAAAACCAUGUUCAGACCCACACCGCAUCAGAGAGCCUGGGGAGGUGGAUUUUGACAUUGAGGAGGAUUACACCACAGAUGAAGAGAUGCUCACUGUGCAAGGAUUAAAAGCAGGAGCAGGGGGAAUCCUGGACUUGCUUAAGGCUAGCAAACAGGUAGCUGGCUUGGACCCCGCCCUCAGCGAGGAAGCGCCAGCCUCUCCCAGUACCCGAGACGCCAUCCAGGGCAUGUUAUCUAUGGCCAAUCCUCCUUCUUCUUCUUCCUCGUCCUCAUCCUCUUCCUCUGCCUCCUCCUCUCCUUUGUCUAUGUCUGGAGGGGGUGAGAGGCUGGGGGCAAUGAAGAACAAAGCCAGGAGGGCCAUGUGGGUGGGUGGUGCAGAGAAGAAGAGUGAGAAGAAGGCUGUCAUCCAAAGGCCAGGCAAGCGGCCCAUCAAAAGGCCUGCCAGGCAUCUCAGUGACGACGACAGUCCUGAUGAGCAGGAGACGCUGGGAACUUGUUUUAAAGACUCUGAUUAUGUGUACCCUUCCUUAGAGUCAGAUGAGGAAGAACACACACUGAAGUCCAAAAUGAAGAGAAAGAGAAACUGGGAUGAUACACCAUGGAGUCCUAAAGCUCGUGUGACUCCCACCCUGCCGAAGCAGGAGCGGCCAGUGAGGGAGGGUGCCCGAGUGGCAUCUGUCGAGACUGGGCUUGCUGCCGCUGCUGCCAAACUGGCACAACAGGAGCAACAGAAGACUACAACAAAAAGAAAAUACACAAAAAAGAAGAUCCCUCAAGAGAAAGGGCAUUCAGCAGCAUCCCAUCUCCAGAUACAGCCAGACUCGAUGUCGCCACCGCUGCCUCCUGAGCCUCUGGUGGACUGUAUCGCAGAAGAGAGGAGAGUAGAGACGUACUCAGCCAGCCUACUGGACCAUGAAUACACAGCGGGUCCGGGCCCAUUUGGCCCAGGUGGCCCUAGAGGGAGCGCUGCCAUGGCUCCAGGCGUUUUCCUCACCUCCAGACGACCCUCACUCUCUCCGCAGAACAGCAGCAGCUACUCCCCCUCUGCACCCUCACCGGCUGGCAUGGCAAGUCCUGGGGCUGCUGGGGUAGGACAAGGGAAACGCCCAAAGAAAGGACUUGCCACAGCUAAACAGAGACUGGGAAAGAUUUUGAAAAUACACCGCAAUGGCAAACUUCUUCUGUAGAGAUCAUUUGGGAAAGGUGAGAUGUGGUGAUGUUCUCAGGAGAAGCAGGAGAGUGAAGGGACAAACAUGGAAGAAAAGGGGAAAGACAAAUUGGCUGAAGGAUAUUGUUGUUGGAGAACAAAGGACAGACUUUUUUUAUUAUUAUUAUUAUAAUUGUGACCUGUUUCAUGUACAAUAUUCAUUUCAUCAUUUGUAAGUUCAAUACCUCUCUUUAGCGUGCAUUUUUAUUACCCUUUAUUUAACCUAUUAGCCUUUGUUUGUCUUUGUUUGUCUUCAAUGACUUAUUUCAUAUAUGCGUUCUGUAAGAGAAGUGGAAGCUCUUAAGCACUUCAGGAGUUAGUGCGAAUGUGGCUUCAGUCUUCAUUGCUGUAAUAUGACUUUUGGGUUACAUAAUUGUUAUGUAUGCCGUUUGAAUUGACCGAAACGAGACCUCUGCACUUGCAGUUAACUGUGCAGUGCAGCCAGGUUCCUUUUUACAGGUGACUAAACAGUUCUGAGUCACAGUACAGAGAAAUUCGGGUGAAGGAGGACUGUGUUUUAAAAGGAAGUGCAGCAUUUUCAUGUAAUGAGUCAAGUAAUUAAAGUGAUAUCAUGAGGCAGGAUUUACUACCUUUUUUUUUUUUUUUUUUUUUUUUUUUUUUUACAUGUGGAUACAACUAACUAUUCCAAAUUUCUCAAAUUAAUUCACUCAGUACCACAGUGAAACUGCACUGUAAUUGGGUUUAUUAAGACAUAUACAGUAGUAACGAGUCAGGGUAGUAGUAUGUAGUAUGGUGUAACAUUUUUAAUCUGCAUAAGUCAGUGAGACUGCAGGUUUUUAAUUCCAGCUAAAUAAAUGACACUAAUAUUCAUUUGAAGUCCACGAUUGAUUAGAUAAGUACCAUAAGCUCCGUGGAGAUAAGAUUAUAGCAGGACGUCUGGUGUGAAGCAAAAGUAAAUGGAUUAUCUCUUUAAAUACAAUUUAGUUCUGUUCAUAAAGGGUAAAUUGAUUCAAAAAGGCUGUGCAUUUCUUGGGUAGAACUGACCAUUACCAGUAAACAAACACGUUAAAUAACCUCUAUUUCUCACAGAGUCCAAAGGCUCUCAUUUUGCCUUUGGACUCUGUAGGUUGGGUUUGUUUUUUUGUUGUUGUUUUUUUGUUAAUAUCUUGUGGCUGGCUGACUGUGAGGUACAGUUGUUCUUGGAUAGCUUUAAAACCACAAGCAGAAAUGUCAGAGUGUGAGUAAUCACUUUAGAGAAAGCUUACCAAUGGUUUUCUGUUUUUACUGUUUGUUAUCCUUCUGUUUUGGCCUCGUUCAUGAACACGUUUUAUGAUUGGACAUCUUAGUAUUGUUUUGUGUAAAGCGCUAUAAUGACUUCUACAGAAACCUUCACAAAUCCUUGAUUAUGGCUUUUAGACAUUAGUCUAAAAUGAUUUUGUUAACUGUGUUGACUUGUACAUGAUUUUUUGAUAAAAGUGUACCCUGCAUCAUCUCCCCCACAGCACAAAGCAUGUUUAGCUUUUUCUUGUUUACAAUUCUGGUUCAAAAUUUUGUUCUUUUUUGCUCAUGUAGACAUGAUGGUAAUUGAGGGAUAAAGUGAUCUUGUCGUGUUUGACAUCUUGAAUAUCCAAACUAAAUAUUUCACUGUGAACGUUUUUCUCCAGCACGAGAAUCCUUCACGGAGCUGCCAGUGCACAUAACAUGUAUAGAUAUGGUGAUAGUGAGUAUUAAAUAGUGUCACUUGUUAACAGCUGAUUUACCGUGAUCUUAUAAUGAACAGGAAGUCAUUCUACCCUCAGCACCUUGUAUGCUUUUAGUUGGAGUGCUCAUUUUUCACUGCUUGCUUCCAUGUAUUGUUUUUAACAUGGUCAUGUAAUGCAUUUCUACUGAUUUAAUGUAUGUCAGCUUUGUAAAUAUAUAUGUGUAUAUAUAUAUUUUUAGUCACCCAGCUCAGACAGUAGUAUGUCUUGAUGAUGAUGUCUUGUUCUUAGUUUCACCUGUUUGCAUUCAUGUAUUUAAGUGUAGCGUCUACUGGCUGAUUUCAGCAGGAGUGGUGUGGUACAUUCUAGUAAAAUGGUAAUGCAUCUAAAACUGAAUUAGGCUAGAGUGAUGGAGGUUUGAGGCUUAGUGUACAUAAUCGGUGUAAUUUUGUUAUAGUUACAAUGAAAGGUUUGUUGCAUUUAAAUCUUUCUUAACAUAUCUUGUACAAAGAUACCUAAAUGUCUUGGCGGGGGGGGUGUGUGAGAGUUUAACCACAAGCUGUUUAGUCAUUUUUAUCUGUGUAGGUAAAUAUGUUAUGUUAGUUUUUGUUUGUUUUAUGACAUUGGAAGGUGAUAAUGAAGUUAAUGUGUUCAUAAUUUUGCCAGUUUGUUAAGUUUUCAUUUCCUGCUUUCUCUAUUACAAAUAUAAACUGUAGUCGUUAUAUAUUGGCUUUUAAUAUUCAUUCUAGAUGGUUUACACUCACUGGUCACGUUAAUAGAAAUACACGUACACCUGCUCAUUUUUGCAGUUAUCUAAUCAAUUCUGGCUAAACUCUAGAGACUGUUAUGUGUGGGAAAAUCCCAGAAGAUCAGCAGUUUCUAAAAUACUCAAACCAGCCCAUCUGGCACCAACAACCAUUCCAUGGAUAAAGUCACCGAGAUCACAUUUUUCCUCCAUUCUGAUAUUUGAUUUGAGAAUUAUCUGAAGCUCUUGACCUGUAUCUGCAUGAUUGUAUGCAUUGUACUGCUGCCACAUGAUUGACUGACUGAUUUAGAUAACUGUAUAAAUAAGCAGGUGCAUAGGUGUUCCUAUUAAAAUGGACAGUGAGUGUAAAAGUUUCUUACUAAAUCUGAAUGAAUUGAGUAACUUUAGCUAAUUGGCAAGUGCUACUAUAAACACCAAAAAUACAUAUAAGGAGAUAAGGCCCUUGGAAUAAUUGCCCUCUACCAUUUAAAAAACAAUUAAUCAUAUGAUGAAUGUUGUCAAUGUGAUGAAAAAGAGAUCAUUAAAAAUGACUACUUAAAAAGAAAUGAAAAGAAAACGGGUGAGCAGCCCAGUGAAUCCGAGAAAUAUUAUUUGUUGAGUUUUGUUCGUUUGGCUUUUAAUGCAAGUUCAAAUUUCUGUUUGAAUUUUAGUCCAUUGCUUUCUUUUAAAUCUGUCUGUCACCUUUUCCCAGUUUAUUUUUUCUGUGUCUGUCUUGAGGAAAAAAAAAACAGUUUCUCUCAGGGUUCAUUUUCUAUUUCUAACUUUACUUGGAGUACAUUAAAAAAAAAAGUUUUCAAAAAAUUGUUUGUCACAUGUACGCAGUCACCACUUUAAAAGCAGACGCAAGUUGAAUCCACUGCAUAUUAUGGAUAAUUAAACACAUUGACCUUGUCCUUGCCAGCUGUUGUAUAUUACGAUCCGGUUUUUUUUUUUUUGGAAGGCUGAAUUUUUUUUUUCCAAAUGAGCUGAAUUAAAGAAUAUUUUUUAAAGUUG